UACCCCCCUUUCUCAUUUCAUCACUUUCUCUUUUUCUUCUACAACGAUACCUACCGGGUGGAUGGGAGCGGUGGUGUUCAACGGGAUGAGAUGAUGGAGAAGAAAAUAUACGGCGAGGCCAAGGGGGCCAACAAUGAUGAAUUUCCCGGG